AUGUCAGCCACGUCAGCCGUCACGUCAGCCAUCACGUCAGCCACGUCAGCCAUCGCAUCAGCCCUCCCUACGCUCCCUUCAGCCGCGCCAACGGCCCUCUUGUCCGCCAUUCUGACGGCCCUCCUGCCCCUCCUGCUCACCCUCGCGGCGUCAGCACAACCAGACGGCUAUCCGGUAGUAGUAGAAUACCCUGACUGUCCGAUUACCGGCCUGCGCCCCGAGAACGUAGACGCGGCUUAUAUCGAGGCGUCUGCUAACGGAGCGGCCGUGUGGCAGCGCCGGUGCGUGUGGGGAGACCACGAGACGUGCUGCGGGCUGUGCGGGGGAGAGGAGCUCGCGCUGCGAUACAUCCAAUCCAACGUCUCUCUUGUGAUAGAGGCCCUCGGUGCCAACGCUACCACUGCUGCUCUUAAACUCAUCGACCUGUCUCACCCGCCCUCUGUGAGUGUGCUGCUGCUGCGGGCUUGUGCCUCUCCGGGGCUGUGCGGGGGGGACGAGCUCGCGCCGGGUGACAAUGCUGCUCUUGGACUCAUCGACCUCUCCAACCCGCCCAAUCCGCCCAGUGUAAGGCUAUCCGCUUUCUGCGAAUCUGCUUCUCAUUCUCUGCCCCUCUCUGCCCCUCUCUGCCCCUCUCUGCCCCUCUCUUCCCGUCUGCCCCUCUCCGCCCCUCUGCUCCUCCCCCACCCUGCUUGCAGGGCUAUCCUCUUGCGCGCAUCUGCUCUUCAAUCUCUCCCUCACUGCUCCUCCCCUCCCCUCUGCUCACCUCUGCUCCCCUCCCGCCCACCAGGCAUGUACCUUCUUUCCCUGCUUUCCCUUCUUCCCUUUCCUCCCCUCCGUUCCCUCCUUUCCCACCUCUCCCUCCUCUCCCACCUCUCCCUCCUCUCCCACCUCUCCCUCCUUUCCCACCUCUCCCUCCUCUCCCACCUCUCCUUCCUCUCCAACCUCUCCCUCCUCUCCCACCUCUCCCUCCUCUCCCACCUCUCCCUCCUCUCCCACCUCUCCCUCCUCUCCCACCUCUCCCUCCUCUCCCACCUCUCCCUCCUCUCCCACCUCUCCCUCCUAUCCCACCUCUCCCUCCUCUCCCUCCUCUCCCUCCUCUCCAACCUCUCCCUCCUCUCCCACCUCUCCCUCCUCUCCCACCUCUCCCUCCUCUCCCACCUCUCCCUCCUCUCCCACCUCUCCCUCCUCUCCCUCCUCUCCCACCUCUCCCUCCUAUCCCACCUCUCCCUCCUCUCCCUCCUCUCCCUCCUCUCCCUCCUCUCCCUCCUCUCCCUCCUCUCCCACCUCUCCCUCCUCUCCCACCUCUCCCUCCUCUCCCACCUCUCCCUCCUCUCCCACCUCUCCCUCCUCUCCCUCCUCUCCCUCCUCUCCCUCCUCUCCCUCCUCUCCCACCUCUCCCUCCUCUCCCACCUCUCCCUCCUCUCCCACCUCUCCCUCCUCUCCCUCCUCUCCCUCCUCUCCAACCUCUCCCUCCUCUCCCACCUCUCCCUCCUCUCCCACCUCUCCCUCCUCUCCCACCUCUCCCUCCUCUCCCACCUCUCCCUCCUCUCCCUCCUCUCCCACCUCUCCCUCCUAUCCCACCUCUCCCUCCUCUCCCUCCUCUCCCUCCUCUCCCUCCUCUCCCUCCUCUCCCUCCUCUCCCACCUCUCCCUCCUCUCCCACCUCUCCCUCCUCUCCCACCUCUCCCUCCUCUCCCACCUCUCCCUCCUCUCCCACCUCUCCCUCCUCUCCCUCCUCUCCCUCCUCUCCCUCCUCUCCCUCCUCUCCCUCCUCUCCCUCCUCUCCCUCCUCUCCCUCCUCUCCCUCCUCUCCCUCCUCUCCCUCCUCUCCCUCCUCUCCCUCCUCUCCCUCCUCUCCCUCCUAUCCCUCCUCUCCCACCUCUCCCUCCUCUCCCUCCUCUCCCUCCUCUCCCUCCUCUCCCUCCUCUCCCUCCUCUCCCUCCUCUCCCACCUCUCCUCCUCCUCUCCCACCUCUCCCUCCUCUCCCACCUCUCCCUCCUCUCCAACCUCUCCCUCCUCUCCCUCCUCUCCCUCCUCUCCCUCCUCUCCCUCCUCUCCCUCCUCUUCCUCCUCUCCCUCCUCUCCCUCCUCUCCCUCCUCUCCCUCCUAUCCCUCCUCUCCCUCCUCUCCCUCCUCUCCCUCAUCUCCCUCCACUCCCUCCUCUCCCUCCUAUCCCUCCUCUCCCACCUCUCCCUCCUCUCCCACCUCUCCCUCCUCUCCCACCUCUCCCACCUCUGCCACCUCUCCCACCUCUCCCUCCUCUCCCACCUCUCCCUCCUCUCCCUCCUCUCCCUCCUCUCCCUCGUCUCCCUCCUCUCCCUCCUCUCCCUCCUCUCCCUCUUCUCUCUCGUUUCCUCCGCUCCCUCCUAUCUCUCUUCUUAUUCGCUUGGCCCUGGUCUGCUCGAGAUGCUACCUGGUUUUCCUCCUCUCCUCUCCUCUCCUCUCCUCUUCUCUCCUCUCCUCUCCUCUCCUCUCCUCUCCUCUCCUCUCCUCUCCUCUCCUCUCCUCUCCUCUCCUCUCCUCUCCCUCCUCAGACACAGAAUUCGUGGUGGGAGCAGGUCACAUAAUUACCAUCUGGGACAGGCUUGCAAGCAGGCUCAAGGCCUCUUGUCACUACACGGAAUUCGUGGAAGCAGGUCCCACAAUCACCGUCUGUGACGGGCUUGCAGAUUUGCUCAAGGAGGAAUGUGCGGGAACGCUAUGUGAGUGGGUGCUUGUGGGUGGGUGGGUGCUUGUGGGUGGGUGGGUGCUUGUGGGUGGGUGGGUGCUUGUGGGUGGGUGGGUGCUUGUGGGUGGGUGGGUGCUUGUGGGUGGGUGGGUGCUUGUGGGUGGGUGGGUGCUUGUGGGUGGGUGGGUGCUUGUGGGUGGGUGGGUGCUUGUGGGUGGGUGGGUGCUUGUGGGUGGGUGGGUGCUUGUGGGUGGGUGGGUGCUUGUGGGUGGGUGGGUGCUUGUGGGUGGGUGGGUGCUUGUGGGUGGGUGGGUGCUUGUGGGUGGGUGGGUGCUUGUGGGUGGGUGGGUGCUUGUGGGUGGGUGGGUGCUUGUGGGUGGGUGGGUGCUUGUGGGUGGGUGGGUGCUUGUGAGUGAGUGGUCGUUUGCCUUUCUGCCAAUACUGCUUGCCUCUCCUCCCUCUCCUACCUUCUCCUCCCUCUCCUACCUCCCCAUCUCCUGCCUCUCCUCCCACUCCCGCCUCUCCUCUGCUUUCCAUCAUCAGUUGGCCGCAUCACCACCACCAUGGAUCCAUAUUCCUUCACCACCCAGCUUUCGUUUGCCUUCCUGCCAAUACUGCUUUCCUCUCCUCCCUCUCCUACCUCCCCACCUCCCGUCUCUCCUCCCACUCCCCCCUCUCCCCUGCGUGCACCCAUCAGUUGGCCGCAUCACAAUCACCAUGGAUGCAUACUCCUUCACCUCCCAGCUUCUCACAGCCAUAGCCAGAAACCUCUACGGCAUCCCUUCCUUCUCGGCUGUCAUCUUGUUUUCAGGGAGGGGGCCGCCUGCUUCCUUUAUGGCCAUCCUCUAUUCCUUCCUGCUCUCCCCUCCCUCCUCUCCCCUCCCUCCUCUCCCCUCCCUCCUCUCCCCUCCUCCUCUCCCCUCCCUCCUCUCCCCUCCCUCCUCUCCCCUCCCUCCCUGCACUGCCUUUAUGGCCCACCUACCGACGAUGCCUACCUCCCCACAACCAUCCGAUGCCAUCCCUUCACCCUGCACCCCUCCCACCAACAACGCCUUGCUGUUUUAG